AUGACUGCAUUUGCAUAUUCUGCAUGGGGGAAAAAUGACAAUCCAUCGCCUGAAGAGGAAAAGCGGCAGAAUGGAGAGCGAGAUCUAUCAGAAGGCGGUCUUGGCAGCGGAGCGCCAUCUUUAUACUUGCCUCAAACAACUUCACUUCUGACCGUUAUCACCAAAACAUAUCGAGAUUUGCGAUGCCGGAACCUGUUGAAGGUAAAUACAGGAUACUGUGAAGCCUGUCAAACUUUUUAUCACAGCAAAAAAUCGGACAACAUGGCAUCACCCUCACAGCAAGCUGUCGUCAGGCGACAGGCUGACAUCGACAUGGCCUUGAUGCCUCCCCCGCCGCCAGCGAAGAAGAUCAAACGACCCUCCACAGUUCUAGAUGAAGAUACUUACACGGACGCAUUAUCGCAUAUUAUCGCGCGCGAUUUCUUCCCAGGGUUGCUAGAGAUGCAAACGAAGCAAGACUUUCUCGACGCUUUGGAUUCAAAGGAUAAAGCAUGGAUCGCGCGAGCGGGCAAGAGACUUUCGGAAGUGAUGACGCCCGGUGGUAGUUCAAUCAGAAGAGGAUCUAGCACACCUUAUCGAAACGUGGCGGAUACACCGAUGACAGAAACAAGAUGGGGAAAUGAGACACCGGCCUCUGUCGCAUCGACAACUGCGACACCGCAGUCGUCUGUAAUGGGCGCUUCUUCGAAGGAUCUUGUCGAUGUGUCGAAUCUCAGUUUGAAUUCGUUCCAGGCUAAAUAUACCAGCGAAGAUAACGAAUCGUUCAACAGGUUACUGGACCGACAGAAUGCGAAACGAAGGGAAAAAUUCGCAUGGAAAUGGAGCGGGAACAAGAUCUUGUCUGCACGACAGAUUGCGCAUCGCCAAAGAGAACAGAAACGCAUCGCGAAUCAGGGCAGUGUUGCCGAGACGAGUAAGGAACUGGUCUUGUCGACGGAUUUGGAUGCUCGACCUGCGGUGCCGGAUACCUGGAAAUCUGGGGUGGAGAAUUCCUUGAUGUUUACACCUGGCUUUGUGGAAGAGCAGCAUGAGACUCAUCAGCAGAAAGCGGAGGCCGCUUCAAGAGCUGGGCCUAAGCAAAUUGUUUAUGGGAAUACGAGACUCGACAACACGAAUAAUAGUACGGCGGCAGCGGGACAUGAUGGUCCGUCGGUACUGUCAUCCCCUUCACUGUCAGCUAUCAAAGAUGCAAUCGCUGGGAGAGUACGGCACACGGAUGAAUCAUCUGUAGGAGGAGAAUACACUGGCAGCGAAACGCCACGAGUGAAUGGAUACUCAUUUGUCGAUGAGGACGAACCGGAAUACGACGACGAAUCCGUCUACGAGCGUCUCAGAAUUCUAGCUAGCAAGGGCUCGACCGGCGGCGACACAACACCAAAUCCAUUCGAUAUCAAAGAAAACCGCAAACGUGAAGACCUACAUCAUCGAAUGGUUGAUCGCGUGGCGCAGAAAAAGAGAGCCGAAAAAGCAGGCAUCAGCAGCAGCAAUGUGCCACGGUUUGCCAGUAGUCCUAACCCGAUGUUCUCGUCGUUGUCAUCUUCGUCGCGCCUACGUACUCCUAUUGGGAGUAAGACUCCUCGGGGGAAACCAUUGACACCGGCGGCACAGAAGCUUUUGGCGAAAGUGGGUAGUACGCCGAGACAGUCUUCGUCUUCGUCUGGUUUGAAGAAUAUGUGGACUCCGACACCUAAGAGGAAGUAGAAGUAGAUUUUAUAUGAUUAAUGACUGAGGUUUAGAAUUUAUGACCAUAUGAUACCCC